GGCAUUCGGGCGACGGAGACGAUGGCCCGCAAGAAGCCCCGCUGCGUCGUGUGCGAGAAGAUCGUGCGGGGCAUCACGAUCUGGUGCGACGACUGCAGCUUCCACUUCGCCGUCGACAAGCCGCCCGAGGUCAUCGAGCUCCUCUCGUCCGACGACGACGACGACGACGACGCGCCGAUCGGGGCCCGACCGGCCAAGCCCGCCAAUGCCAAGGCGCGUGCAGCAUCGACCUCGCCAGCGACGCCCACCGAGACGAAUGCCAAGCCGCGUGCAUCUUCCAAACGCCAAGCGCACGCAGCGCCCACCACCAACGCGCCAGCGACGGCGCGUACAAAGCGGCCCAAGACCGAAACGAAGCCGAAGGCUGCAGCACCCGCGCAAGCUGCUGCGACAACAACAUCGAACCGAAUACCAGAGAACGCGUCUGCGCACGACGAUGCCAAGCCGGUUGCAGUCGCAACACCCUGCCCGCCCUCCGAAUCCAGCCCACCUCCAGCGCCUGCCGAUCCGACGCCCGCAUCGAGCGCGCAACCUGCACCUGCGGCUCCAGCACAUGUCCGCCGUCACAUAGCCGAGACAAAGCCAACACUUGCCACCAAGCCGGGGACGCCGAUAAAAGCGGCUGCGGCGCCCCCUAGGUCGACCGCGAUUCGAGUGUCGAUGCCAGGUCAGUCGAUCGUGCCGGCGCCGCUCCUCGCAGCCAACUUGCCGUUAAAUAUGCUGUCUCCUCGCCUCGCGCGGCUGUCGACGCCUCCUGCCAUGGCGCCGCCUGCGCUACGACGCGAUCCGCUGCCCAAGCUCGAGGCGACAGAGAAAGUCCAUUUGCACAACCGUCGCGCUGCGGGCAGCGGGGCGCCAGAAGUCGCCCAAGCGCACUCCACCGAGUAUACCUCGCCCAAGCCCGAGAUGGCAACACCGACAACACCGACCAUCAAGCCGGGCAAGCGCAAACGACACAUUCGAGACGACGCCAACGAUGCUCCUCGACCGCCGCCGACCAGUAUCAUCAAGCACGAGGACGCGAGCUGCGCAUCAGACAACAUGCCAUCGGCUCCUACGCCGCUCCCGCCACCGCCUUCCCUGGGUGCGUGCCACCCGAAUUGGACGCUUCUCAUGCAGGCAUGGACAAUCCUGGACAGCGACGGCUUCCCGCCGGGGGCGCGCCGCCGCGGGCUGCUCCAAGCCCGUCGCGCCAAGCGCAGUGCCAUGCCACCCAUAGAAACAACCGCACUGAAUAGCACUACCAUGUAAUCUCACGUCAUUAUUGUCCA